AUGGCUCCUCGUUCCAGAGAUGCUGACUUCGUUCUGUACGUGACAGCAAUAUCUACAAAACGUUGUGACAGCGCGGAUACUCUCGCCUACGCGGCGCAUUGUCAGCAGGAAGCUGAACUGGACAGACCAGUCGCCGGUCACGUCAAUCUCUGUCCAUCAGCACUGUCAACACAUCGUCAUGACCGUGAAAUUCUCUUGUCAACAGUGAAACACGAGAUCCUUCAUGCUUUAGGUUUUAGUGUAGGAUUAUAUGCAUUUUUUCGAGAUGAAAAUGGAAAACCUAGGACGAGGAGGUGA